AGGGGUGAAUUCAGGGAAAAGUGCCACUGGUAAAAGUGUCCCAAUCGACCUAAAUUAGCCCCGUUUCUAUUUAUAAACGUAAAGACUGAUAACAUCUGUACGAAAAACAUGGUAAGACACGUAGGGCAAUCUGAUUUAACUUUUGAUCAAGUUAGGUCAUGCAUUUGGAGGCCAAAUGACAUCACCACGCCUAGAGCCGAUGACAUCACUUCGUUUGUUUAUACACGCAAGUCCUGUUGCUAAAGGAAGUUUCCCGAGUGGAAGCCGAAACACACACCCCCCUCCUACACACACGCCUUCGCCAAACGACUAUAUAAGAAUCUCCGAGGUGAGUCAUCGGCACUUUAUCAUCAACUAAGAGGAGUUCACGACAAGAAACAAGCAACCAGGACACCAUGGUUCCAGAAAUCGAGUGCGGAAUCUGCUACCGAACUUACAACGCCAGUCGGAGGUGUCCUCGACAACUGAGCUGCAAACACUCGUUCUGUGAGAGCUGCCUGUUGACGCUCGCAAAAUCCGCGGAGAGUACCGUUACCGUAGCCCGGAUAGUGUGUCCGCUGUGCCGUCACUCCACCUCGCUCUCGGCGGAGAGAGUCCAAGACAACCUGCCGGUAGACGAGGACAUCUUUGAGCGAAUAGUAACCGCGUGCAGCUCUGAGGAAUCAACGGAUGAUGAUGACGACGACACCGAGGAGCCCGAGAGGGACCCGUCCAGCCCACCAAAAGAGGACGUUUCGCCACCUCCAGCUCCUACAUCCCGAAAAGGUCACCUGAUGAAAAGCAUAAGGCGCAUGUGCAAAAGAGUCACCGGGAAUCGUGUGCGGAGAAAUUGUUUGACUAAUGAAGACCUGAGGGACUUGGCAACGAUGGCCUGCUACAUGAUGUGAACGCGAACUGUUGUUCUCAGACGUUCUCAAUCAAAUGAUGAAACCACACAUUGAUAAAUCAAACCCAUUGAUGAAUCAACUGUUGAAUAACACACUGGUUUACUGCUAAUCUGAACAAUUGGUGUGGAUGUGGACCCUUCAGUGUCUUUUGGUGUCAGUGGGCUUACUGCAAUGGGAAUAUAUGAAU